GAAUAUAUUAAUUUACUCUUGGGUAGUGAAUAAAAUCGUCUGUAAAGGUACCUAUAAAUAUCUAAUAACUAAUCUGUGCUAUUUACGAAUUUACUUUACAAUUUUAUUUAGACUCUUUGAUUCGCCUAAAAGAUUAAGAUGUAAAGAUAAUUCAUCUUAAAAGUGAUUGAUGAUUUAAAUCGUCUGCGUCAGCGAAGGUGCUCACGAUGUUAGGGGUGUUUUUGUACAUAUUUGAAUUAAAGAAAGAGUUUCUAAUAUGCCUUUCGCUAUCCAUCCUGUACCUGAGCUACUACCUGGUGGAGGUGGUGAAGCGGCCGGAGCUGCAUUGCCGCGCGGGCGCCUUCCGCCGCCUGCUGGAGGCGCGCGUGCCGCUGCUGCGCGAGCGCUUCUGGCCCACGCCGUGGUGCGUGGAGGCGCGCCUGCAGACCGUGCUGGGCUCGCUGCUGCGCUCGCACCUGCUGCCGCCGGUACACUAUCGCCGUGAGGUGCUGCGGCUGUCGGACGGCGGGCAGGUGGCGCUGGACUGGGCCGAGCUGGAGCCGCGCGCCGACCGGCCCGUGCUGCUGGUGCUGCCGGGCCUGACGGGCGGCGCGCAGGCCGACUACGUGCGCUGCCUGGUGGCGGCGGCGCGCGAGCUGGGCGCGCACGCCGUGGUGUUCCACAACCGCGGGCUGGGCGGCCUGCCGCUCACCACGCCGCGCCUGUACUGCGCCGUGUCGCACGCCGACCUGGCCGAGGUGCUGGACGCCGUGCGCGCGCGCGCCGCCGGCCCGCUGCUCGCCGCCGGCGUGUCGCUGGGCGGGCUCAUCCUGGGCCACUACCUGGCGGAGCGCGGCGCGCGCGCGGCCGGCGUGCUGCGCGCCGCGCUGGCGGUGUCGGCGCCGCUGGACGUGGAGGCGGGCGCGGCCUGCAUCGACGCGCCGCCGCUCAACGCGCUGCUGUCGUGGCACAUGGCGCGCGGGCUGCGGCGCACGGUGCGCGCGCACGCGCUGGCGGGGCCCGAGCUGGAGCGCUGCCGCUCCGUGCGCCAGUUCGACGCCGCCUUCACGGCGCGGCACUUCGGCUUCGCGUCCGCCGACGCGUACUACGCCGCGGCCACGCUGCGCGGGCGCCUGGGCGGCGUGCGCGUGCCGCUGCUGUGCCUGCAGGCGGCCGACGACCCGUUCCAGCCCGCCGCCGUGCUGCCGGCGCGCGAGGCGGCGGCGAGCGCGCGCGUGGCGCUGGCGGUGACGGCGCGCGGCGGCCACAUCGGCUUCCUGGAGGGCUGGUGGCCCGCGCCGCCCGCCACGCCGCCGCAGCGCACGUACAUCGCGCGCCUGGCGCGCCAGUACUUCGCGGCGCUGCUCGCCGAGCCGCUCGACGAGCGCGCCGACUAGAGCUUUCGCACAAAUCGUUCAUCGAAAUUGUUUAAUAUUUCGAACCGUAUUAUUAUCGCUUUACUAUCGUUGAGUCAAUUAUAUACACGAGGGACGUCGCGGCGCCGAGCAUUUAUUGUAGUCCAAAUAUUAUGUCGUUAUUUAUUUAUAAGAGAGCUAUUUAUCUGCGACGUCCCGCGGCACGUGACCGUCGGCGCGCGACGAACGAGCCGACGUCUGAUAUAGCGUUUAUUAUACAUAAUUAUAUAUAUAUACAUGUAGUCGCACAGUAUGUACGUUCGCAGUGCGGACUGCGGGAAUUCUUUCGUCCAAAGAGAUAAUAAUAUACGAAUCUGUGAUGUGGAGUGCAGUAUAUUUACACGCGGCGCGGCCGCACAUAUCCGUUUUGAUCGUUUUAAUAAAAUCGUACGCAUCAAG